CCAGAUAAGACUGUAAUUUCAUAACAAUAUUCAAGAGUUUCACAGCCUACAAUAUAUACAUAACGCGUGUGGUCUCUUCCCAUCAGUUCGUUGAAACUAGAAUCUCUUGCCCUCACAAUCUUUGCUUUCUUCAAAAAAAUUUCAAUCUAAUUUAUUUCAUCUCUAUAUAAAGUUCUCUGUUUCAAGUUACUUUCUCAGCAAGAGCAAUCCCAAUCCUAUGACGAAUCUAAUUUCGUUUCACGAUGUGGCUAAACAUAAGUGCAAGAACGAUUGUUGGAUUCUCAUCCAUGGAAAGGUCUAUGACAUCAGUACUUUCAUGGACGAACAUCCCGGUGGUGACAAUGUUCUCCUCGCAGUCACCGGAAAAGACGCGUCGAUCGAUUUCGAAGACGUGAACCAUAGCAAAGAUGCGAAGGAGCUGAUGAAGAAAUACUGCAUCGGUGACGUUGACCAGUCAACGGUACCGGUGACGAAAAAGUAUAUUCCGCCGUGGGAGAAGGAAUCUACGGCGGCGGAAGCAACUAAAGAAGAAUCUGGAAACAAGUUGCUUGUAUACUUGAUCCCUCUCUUGAUUCUCGGCGUUGCUUUCGCUCUCAAAUUCUAUAACAACAAGUAGACAAAAUUAUGAUGAAAAAAAUUGAUCAGAGUUUCUUAGUGUUCUUGGUUUUUGUGUGUUCGUAAUAACGGGCCUCUUAUGUGAAGAUUUGGCCCAUGUUUCAGAAUUGGAUUAUUAUGUCUUAUUUAUUUUAUGUUAAUGGGUCGUAGUAGUAGGCCCUUUGUUGAUAUAUGCCAAUUUCUUAUAGCAGCAUGAGGUUAGUAAUUUUA